UUUUAGUUGUACGUCAUUGAUCAAGUUGAAGAGACGCUAAGCUAAUAUUAGUUUAGUGAUUAAUAAUUGGAUUAAAUCAUCCAAUGGGUGCUCCAGUACAAAAUAGAGGUAAUAAAAGAGGACCAGGGAAUCAAAGAGGCAGAGGCGGAAAAGUUCGUGGCCAAGGGCGGUCGUUUAAUGGACAACAGCAACCGCCAUUCGGUAAUCCAGGUAUGAUGCGUCCGCGAGGUGGAUUUCGAGGAGGUAUUAGGCCGCCACCCGGGCCCCCAGUACGUGGUGGACGACCGCCUAUGAGAGGCGGAAGACCGAUACCGCCACCACCAAGAAUGAUGGGACCUAUGAUGCACCCAAUGAGGCCGCCACCACCAGGGAUGCGACCUCCCCAUCCAGGUUGUAACCGUUCUUAUCCAGAAUAUCGUCUGGAAGAAGGAAAAACUAACGGCGAUCGGGAAGAAAUGCGUUUUUGUUGCGAACCUUGCGACAGAGAUUUCGUAUCGAAAUUUCAAUACGACAGACACGUGUCGCAACACAGAACGUGCAAUUUGGACGGUUGCAAAUUUACGGCGCACGAAAAAAUCGUCGAAAAACACGUCGCCAUGCAACACGCUUCCGGUUUAUACGACAAAAUUAGGAAUAUAAAUACGCCGGAAGAGAUAGCUAAAUGGGUGGAGGAAAGGAAGAGGCGUUAUCCCAAUAAGGAAAAUGUGUUGAAGAGACGGGAGAAGCAAGAACAGAUGUUGAAACGAGGAGAGAGAAUUAAGAAAAACGAUAACCGUUUCGGGAGGAAUAAAUUUAGAUUAUCGAAAAUAGGAAACAGCAAAGUACCUCCGAAAAAGAAGAUGAAACGUCCUUUCGUUAAAGAAACUAAACCGGUUUCUUUGAUAAACGAAAAAUGCGAUUGGAAUGGUAGGAUGUAUCCAUUUAAAGGUACCACCACGAUGGAACCUGAAAGCGAUAAAGUACCCAGCGAUUACGAAGACGAAGAAUGGAUAAAUAAACCACCUAAAAACGUAGGAAUAAAGUUGAAUAACGCAUUGGGGGCUCUGAUCGGGGCUUAUAUGAGCGGAAGUGAUACGGAAGACGAAAAACCAACAGAAGUGGUUAACGAAAAGAAAAAAGACGAAGGGGAACCGCCUCCGGAAGUACAGGAAACUGUGGUGACUAAAGCUGAAGUUGUAUCGGGACGCCGGAAACGGAAGAGACAGAGACCUCUGACUAAAAAACGACCAGAUGUUAAAAGUGCUGGUGCUAAAGACGGUUUGAGUUACAAAUUUAAAAAACGGAAAGUGACGUUGCUGGAAAAACUUCUGGAAAAUGAAAUUAGGCACGAGAGGAACGUUUUGUUACAGUGUGUUCGAUAUGUAGUGGAAAAUAAAUUUUUUGUCAAGGAAAACGAAACUUGUUGAGAGCUUCAGUAAAAUACUACUAUUUUA